AUGCCACCUAAGAGAAAUGUAUAAAACAACUAAAACAUCUAAAAUUUCUUCAAUAAUGGAAAUAAGAAAGAGAGGAAAGAGAUAAAAGAAAAAUAAAAAUAAUUUAUUAAAUGUCCUUUAAUAGGAUCAGUAGGUUUUCAAUUAAGAAGAGUGUUAUAAAAAUAUAGAAAUGAGAUAAUGAAAGAGUUUAAUUUUGGAUAAUUAGUUCAAUAAUUAACAAAAAUAUAAAAUUUAGAUUAAAUUGGAAAUAUGCUAAGUUCAAUAUUGUAUUUAAAUAUAACAAAAAUGUCAGAUAUUUGGAGUGAUAUUUAUACUCCUGAUCAUAUUGAUGAUGUAAUUUGAUAUCUAAUUUAGUUAAUUAGUUAAGAAAAUACAUAAUUUCUUAAACAUUGGUUAAAGAAUUCCUUUUCUAUAUUGGCAUAAGAUUAAGUAGAUUAAUCAGAGUCAUGGUAUUCAUAAUCGAAUUCAAUAAACAAUUAAAAUUGGAAUUAUUAGAUGUUAAAUAUAUAUGGAGCAAGUGGAAAGAUGAGUACAAUAUUGGCUAUAGCCAGAGCAUACAAAAUUGAUGUUUUGUUGACUUACAAUUAUACAGAGAAAAGAGAAUUUGAAGAGAUGUUUGCAAGUCAACAUAUCAAAUUUACUUAAGAAUAAGAAGAUACUGAAUUUGGAAACAAGAAGAAGAUAAUAGUUCACAGAGGAACACUUCCAAAAUUCAUCAAUUCCAGAAUGUUAUAGAUUUAGCGAGUGCCCUUUAUAUGGAUUACAGGUAUCGAGUCUUCAUAAUUGCAGACUAUUAGUAGAAUCACGAACUAUUCGAUAACUUUGAACUAGUGCAAUAUUCACAUGAUGAAAUAGUCAAAUACAUAUAUUUAAUAUUGUUAAUUGAACAAAAUUACAAAGGAUAAUUAGAUAUCAUAAAUGUUGAGUUAAAAAAGAAAGUGAUCUAUGAAAAUAUAAAAGAAUAAGGAGGGUUUUUUAAUAAUUUUACAAUAUAGAAACCUUAUAUAAAGAUUAAAAAUAUAGAAAUAAAUUUAAAUUAUUCAGAUAUUUUCAUACUUACCUUAUUUAUGAAAGGUAAUAUGAGAAAUAUAUUAAAUUGGUUGUAAUUUCAUUAAGAUGAUGAAAAUAUACAUUAAUUAAUUACAGAAUUAAAGUUGUCUAAUAUAUAAUUAAGUUAUAUGUUAAAAAAUCAAUUGCCAUUAUUUAGAACAGUUGAAAAUAUAUCUUAAUUAAAUUAAAAAGCAUGGUCAUGGUAUGAUGAACAAUGUUUAAAUUUAAUAAAUGAUAUGGUAAUAAGAAGAUAGAAAUUAUUUAUAGAAUCUUAUGGUAAAAGAAUAAUCAAUAGUAAAAAUCAUAUAUUUUUAAUCAAUUAAGUUCUUAAAGUAAUAUAUAUAUUAAAUUAUAGAUAAAUGCUUUUAAUGUUUAAACAUUAGCAUAAAAUACUAGAUUAAGAAGAUUAAAUAAGGAACCUUAAGAUUUUUAUAAACCAUUAUAAUAAUUAUUUGAGUAGGAUGAACAGUAUGAGAUGUUUAAGUAAUUUGAUAAAUUUUCAGAGUUUUUUAAAAGUUGA